AUGCCUGCUGUGAUUCCUCCUUUUCUGCAGCAGCUGCCUCAGAGCUUUGUUGCUGAAGUUGUUGCAGCAGCAGCAGGUGGGGGGUUUACUCCUUUUGCUGCAGCAGGUGCAGCAGAUCCUGCUGCUGCUGCUGCUGCUGCUGCUGCUGCUGCUGCUCCUCCCCCUACGGGCUUCUGCGGCCCUUCAGUACCCCUGGAGUGUAUCGACCCCUCAAGCGAAGCAGCAGCAGCAGCAGCUGCUGCUGCUGCUGCUGCUGGCGUUCGUGGCUGUGUCUUCUAUGAAGCCUGCACCAAUAGCAGCAGCAGCAAAGGCAGCAGCAGCAGCAGCAGCAACAGCAGCAGCAGCAGCAGCAGAGGCAGGUGGGUCGCAAGCUGGGUUUCUGAAGGCUUCACCCGCAGCAGAACUUUUCCUGUUGCAGCAGCAGCUGCUGCUGCUGCUGGAUGGACUGCAGCAGCAGCAGCAGCGCAGCAAAUGGCGCAGAUAUGGCUGCAGCUAAUUCUGUGUAAAGCAGCAGCAGCAGCAGGAGCACCAGCAGCAACAGCAGCAGCAGCAGCAACAGCAGCAGCAGCAGCAGCAAACCCUGCAACAGAAGCAGCUCAUGAUGAGCAGCAACAGCAGCAGCAAGAUCAGAAGCAGAACCUGCAACAGCUGGGAGACAAGCAGUUGCUGCUGCAGCAGCAGCUGCAGCAGCAGCAACAGCAGCAGCAGCAGCAGCAGCUGCAGCAUGUGAAGAGCGAACAACUGCAGCCGGCUGUGGGGUCCCCAGAAGCAGCAGCAGCAGCAGCAGCAGCAGAUAUGGGGGCAUCUCAAGAGACUGUGGCAGCAGCAGAUGCAGCAGCAGCAGCAGCAGCAGCAGCAACAGCAGCAACAGCAGCAGCAGCAACAGCAGAAUCAGAUACACAUACUGCGCUGCAGGAGUACUUGAGCUGCUGCAGCAGCCGCCCUGGUCUUUCGUUUGCUGCUGAUAAGGGUUUAUGGGUUAUAGAUGCAUGCAAAGCGCUUCGUCCUGCUGCUGCUGCUGCUGCUCCUGCUGCUGCAGCAGCAGCAGCAGCAGCAGCAGCAGCAACAGCAGCAGCAGGCAGCAGCACACUCACCUUCUGCGUUCAGGCCCUCGGCUGGCAGGGGGCCCGCUCUACUGCUAUUCGCUGCUACGAUGAGCUUGCAGCAGCAGCAGCAGCAACAACAACAGCAGCAGCAGCAGCAGCAGCAACUGAUGCAACUGUAGCAGCAGUUGCUGCUCCUAUCACCACAGCGACAACAAACAGCGGCAGCAGCUGCCAAGAGAAAAUUGCUGCUGCUGUUUCUGCUGCUGCUGCUGCAGCAGCAGCAGCAGCUCCAUGUCCUGUAGAGUCAAGAGCAAGCCCAGUACCAUCAACAGCAGCAGCAGCAGCAGCACCAGCAGCAGCAGCAACAGGGAGCAAGCAGCAACGGGGGGCUGGCGGGGGGCGGCAGCAGCAGCAGCAGCUGCCUACCCUGGAGGAGCUUUUUGCUGCAGUGCAGCGGGUGGACGUCCCCUGCGACACAGCAGCAGCAGCAGCAGCAGCAGCAGCAGCAACAGCAGCAGCAGCAGCAGCAGGUGGUGCGUGUCAGUACCCUCAAGGCGGUGGCAGUGAUGCGCUGCCUACGAGCAGCAGCAGAAGCAGCAACACCAGCAGCAGCAGCAGCAGCAGCAGCAGCAGCAGCAGCAGCAGCUGGACGCUGCAGAACCUGUUUAGGCCUCAUCUCCGCUUCAGCCGCAGCACAGCAGCAGAUGCAUUCAAGGGGGGGGCCUGGCGGCUCGAGUGGCUGCAGCCUCGCCAGCAGCAGCAGCAGCAGCAGCAGCAGCAGCAGCAGCAGCAGCAGGAGCUGCUGCUGCAGCAGGUGAGCUGGCCGGUGUACGUGCAGCAGGUGGGGGCGCAUCCAGCGUUGCUGCUGGCUCUGUACCUGAAGCAGCAGAUUGAAGCAGCAGCAGCAGCAGCAGCAGCAGCAGCAACAGAUACGGAGGAACUGCAGCAGCAAGUGCAGCAGCUGCUGCUGCAGUCUCUGCUGCUGCAGCGGGAAUGCAUCAGCAGCAAAGGCAGCAGAAAGCAGCUGCCGCAGCAGCUGCAGCAGCUGGAGCAGCUGCUGCCCCCCGCCGCGCUGCAGCAGGCCCAAGCAUUGAGAGACAGAUGCGGCAGGAAGAGACAAGCAGCAGCAAAACCUGCUGCUGCUGCUGCUGCUGCUGCUGCUGCUGCUGCUGCAUCGCCUACUGCUUCGCUCGCAAAGUCUCCCUCUGCAGCACAGUUGGCUUCUCCCCUUGCUGCUGCUGCUGCUGCUGCUGCUGCUGCAGAUGGAACAGCAGCAGCACCGCUGCCGCCUGCUGCAGCAGCAACACCCCUAUCGUCAUCAGCAGCAGCUGCUGCAGCAGCUGCUGCUGCUGCUGCAGCAGGACCUACGCAAGUUGAUCCUGCCACCGUGGCGCUUCAUCAAAGGUUGCUGCUGCUGCAGCGCCAGGCAUUGUCGCUGCAGCAGCAACUCUCUCAAGAACAGCUGCAGCAGCUGCUGCAGCUGCGGAAGCUGAAUGAGCCUUCGCAGCAGCAGCAGCAGUAUUUGCUGCAGCAGCAGCUGUUGCAGCUCCACCUGCAGCAGCAAGCGCAGCAGCAGAAGCUUCUGCAGCAGGAGCAGCAGCAGCCACACAAGAAAACGAGAAUCGAUGUGCCUGCUACAGCAGCAGCAGCAGCAACAGCAGCAGCAGCAGCAGCAGCAGCAGCGGGGAGCGUAGGGAUUCCUCCCGAGGGGACAGUCAGUGCACUGCACCCUGCCCAGCUGCAGCAGCAGCAGCAGCAGCAGCAGCUACAGCUGCAGCAGCAGCUGCAGCAGCAACAAAUUGCCCUUUCCGCAUCGCUAGGUCAUCCAGACAGCAGUAGCAGCAGCAGCAGCAGCAGCAGCAGCAGCAGCGGCAGCAGCAGCAGUUCCACCCAAGGUGUCUCUGCUUCUCCUCCAGCAGCAGCAGAGUAA